UUCAACUAUGCAGUGAUUCCUGCUAUGCUUCAACACAAAUUAACAUCAGUGUGUGUUUGAGUGCGUGAUGCAGUGGUUGAAGCAUGACCUUCCGAACCGGGAGACCAAUACGGUGAGGCUCAUCGAGCACGUCCGCCUCCCUCUCAUGUCCAAGGAAUUUGUUGUGCAUCGAGUGGAGUCAGAGCCGCUCAUGAGGACACAUUCAUCAUGCAAGGACUUUCUCAUUGAAGCCCUCAAGUAUCAUCACCUAGAGGGAGAGGAAAGACACAGCUACAAGUUUGUCCUUGUCUACAUUCCAUAUGAAUACAUUCUGCCAUUCUUA